AUGGCCACGGGCACGCCAGUCACCGCUGACACCCGGAAGACCCUCUUCGAGGAGCUUUUAUGGGAGCACCGGGAGCUCGCUGAGGCACACGACAAGUGCCAAGUGAUCCCGGAAGCUUCCAUCGAUGCUCUCAAGGAGCAGCUCGCCACGGCCCAACGGGAGAAGGAUGAGCUCAGCCGGCAGCACCAGGAGGAGCUAAACGCCCUCAAGACCAGCUACCAGGAGCUCAAGUCUCAGUUGAUUCAGCUGGGGCUUGACCACGCCAAGGCCCUCAAGGCCGCUGAAGUGACCGCAGCGGCCAAGUUGGACGAGGCUCUGGAGAAUGCCUGCAAUGCCACUGUGGUGUUGCGGGCAGAGCUGGAGGAGAUGGCCAAGGCCCGGAAGGGUGCCGAGGAGAAGGCCGCGCGGCUGGAGGAGGGGCACAAGGAGUGCGAUCAGCUGAUCCUGCAGACCGACACACUUGCCCUCCGCCUCUUUCCGGACUCGCAGAGGUAUGCCGUCAAGAAGGUCGACGCGCAGCGCAAGGACAAAGGCCAAGCGGAUCUUACCGUGCCAUGGACGCCCAAGGACCAUCCGGUCGCGCUUAACGCGCGGGUGUCCCAUAUGCGCUGCAUAGACCGCAAUCUUUCGGACAUCCCUGAUGUAGCUACCCAGCUAUACAGGACUUUAUGGCCUGGCGAGGAGGUGCCGGACACCUUCUCCCUCAUCAACGACCGUCUGAAAGGUGCCGGCAGGAGGAUCCGCGAGUGGCAGUGCUCUGCUGCCCGCGCUGGAGCGGACUCCGCCCUCCGCGUCGCCUGCUCCUGGUACCCGGAGCUCAAUCUGGACGCCCUUACCGGCGUGCGCGAAGGCGCAGAAACGGAUCUGGACCCGAUCCUCUCCGCCAAGCGGCAGGAUCGCGCGUACCGCAUCGCGGAGUAUGCCGACAUGCGCACCUUCAUCCCUCCCCCUCCUGGCGUCACGGAUUAUCUCGACGAGGAGGAGGGUGAAGCCGAAGAAGAGGUCCUGGGCGAUGCUGGUGCCGGCGAUGCUCCUCCGGGAAGCCCCCGCUGCAUGAUGAUUUCCUUUGAAGUACAUCACCGUGAGUCAGAGAGGACACGACAGCACCCUGGACAGCACGUGGUCACCGCCCUCGGCCUCGCCAGCGCGUGCACCAGCAUGGCCACGGGCACGCCAGUGCGCCCGCUCGCCCUCGUCACCCCGACCAUCUCCUGCCCUCUCCUCUCACCUACAGCCUCUCCUCGACGUCAGCAAGCGCCUAGACAUCGCCAUUGGACCGCGCUCGCCCUGUAG